AUGACAUCCAAAGAAGAUUUAAAACAGUUAAAACUAGUGCCAUUUAGAAUAAGACCACACGACCUGAAACAUCAUCUGCUCUUACUGCAAGCUGUUACUUUUCAAAGAAAUAGAAAUAUCAGUGCAUCUAUAAUGCGGUGGAUCCCUCUUGAAGCAAAUCCCAAGGUGAUGAAUGAGUACAUGAAUAACCUUGGAGUUGUUGAUAGUGUAUGGAAAUUUACCGAUGUAUUUAGUUUGGAUGAUGAUAUGCUUGCAUUUAUACCGCAACCAGUCAUAAGCCUGUUGUUCUUAUAUCCCUUAGGCAACUCGAUUGAAAAUGCAUCAUUAGGUGUUGAGGAUAAUUCAUCUAAAGUUAUUUUAAUCAAACAAACCGUUGGUAAUGCUUGUGGAACUAUAGCUAUAUUGAAUGCUAUAGCUAAUAAUCGAGAUAAAUUGAGUAUCAAAGACGGUUCAUUUUUAAGCAAUGCCUUAGAUGGAAUUGAAGAUAUGACACCUGCUGAACGUGGUGCUGUAAUGGAAAGCAAAAAGGAUCUGUCUAUCUUACAUGAAAAAUCAGCUUUAGAAGGACAGACAAAUGCACCUGGUGCAGAGUCAAAAACAAAUUUACACUUUGUCUGUUUUGUUGAACACGGUGGUAGUCUGUAUGAACUUGAUGGUCGAAAAAAUGCACCUAUUCGACACGGAUCAAUUACAUCAGCUGGUUUUCUAUCGGAUACAUGCAAUGUAGUAAAAAAAUUCAUUGCAAAUUCACCUGAUACUGUGGAUUUCAGUUUGAUGGCUUUAUGUCCUGAUAACAACUGA